AUGCAAGAUACAAUCUCGGCUGCCAGCCCCCGAAUGGCAAAUCGAAGAAAUCGGCCGUGUUUUCCCUGUGAAUGGCAUUUCGGCUUCUUCUGCUUCGGGGGCGAGGGAACGCCGUAUGGUGUGAUGAAGAAAAGGCAUAAGAAGUAUGGCGAUCGAUGUGUGAGACUGGCCACUUUUCACGCCCACAAGAACUGUUCCACAGUCCUCCUGCAC